AUGGAUUCCAACGGGUUAAAGCGCAAGGACACGACAAAGGGUCCGCCCCUGCGCAUCUUGUCGCUCGAUGGAGGCGGCGUGCGCGGCUACUCCAUGUUUCUGAUCCUUCAGGAGAUCAUGCACCGGACGUUUGUCGAAAUCGAAGGCCGGGCACCGCGACGAUCCGAGAUUCCCAAACCAUGCGAUCAUUUCGACCUUAUUGUCGGCACAGGCACCGGCGGCCUGAUCGCCUUGAUGCUCGGCCGGUUACGCCUCGAUAUUGAGACAUGCAAGGAACUAUAUGUCCGCCUCACCCGCAUCGUGUUUGAAACGGACAAAACCAUCGCCGGCAUCCCGUACCGCUCAACUUUGUUCAAGGCGACGAAGCUGGAAGAGGCGAUCAAGGAAUGUGUUCGAGAACAUACAAUCUACGAGAAAGAAGGCAACGAUGGCUCCGAGGCGGGAAGCAUCUACAACCCUUUGAGUUCCGCUUCGCGCUCGAGCGCUGCGCACCCGAAAGAGGCAUACCAGCAACGCGAGCGUACUGAGUUUCAGCGCGCGGAGUCCCACCUCGCAGGCGGCAAGGCCAGCUUUCUCCCGCGGUGGAAACCCGAAUGCCCGCCUUCUUCCGAGCGUGAUGUAGCUGAUGAAUCCCUUAGCGUUGUUACCGCGGUUUAUAAAGGCACACCAAAGGGCGGAGCGCCGGCCAUGCUGCGCUCCUACGACUCUCGGCGAGAACCGGCACCCGAGUUUGACUGCAAAAUUUGGGAGGCUGGACGGGCAACGUGCGCCAUCGGCCUCGCCUUCAAGCCCAUCCAGAUCGGGCAAUCCGUAUUUCAUGACGAUGGCGCGGGCACUUUCAACCCGUCCCUCACUGCACUCGACGAGGCGGUGGUGAAUGAGUGGCCUGGCCGCGAGGUUGGCGUCUUCCUCAGCGUCGGAACUGGCAAGCGGCCAAAGGGUAGCGACGCGAAUACGUCGCUGUGGUAUGAGGGCUUUCUUGGGGAGUUCGCCGAUGCGAGGAGGAAGCUGAUCGCAAAGAUUGAGGGCUGCGAGAAGAUCCACGAGUUGAUGAAGAGGGAGCAUCUGGCGAGGCGCGGUGUCAACAUUGAACACUAUUACCGAUGGAAUGUCGAGGUCGGCGUUGGCGAGUUUGGCAUGAAUGAGUGGAAUCGGCUGUCGGAUAUUAGCACAAACACCAGGAGAUACCUUGCGAGGGAGGACGAGCAGAGGAUGGUGCAGGGGGCGUCGGCAAAGCUAGCCAAGAUUCACUUUGCAAGGCAAAGGUGGGAGCGCAUCAGCUUGGCCGGGCCCGGCGCGUCGACACAAAUGGUGCCCGAGAUCGCCUUGCCCUUCGCCGUGGAGUUGCCGGGAGACGUCCCCCUGUCUCCUCCUCCCCACAGCCCAUCGAGCCGGCAGUCGUACGACUCUGGGAACGACAUGUUACCCGUGCGUGCCUCUACGCCGUCGCCGAGAAGUUCCGGCGAGCCGCCUCGACAAUCCCCGAAACUGAACCAGCUACCCUAUCCGGCUGCGCCUCCCACGGGUCACUUACCAGCGCCGCCCGGCCGCUCCGCCGACGGUGCGGCUGACGACUCGGACCGUCUAGUGGUCAACGCCCCGACGCCGUCGCAGUACCGAAUUGCUGCAGGUGCGGACAAGAUCGCAAUUACGGGACCAGACGACUACCCCAGGCGAUUUGAAGAUCCUUUGAUGCAACCACCGCCACUGCGGGUCAGGCCACCGUCGGUGCCACCCCCGCUUCCCCCAAAAACACCACUUCCUGAGAACCAGGCGGCUUAUGGCCGAGCAUCUGCUCCGGUAUUACCCUACCCACUUGACGACGACGCACCACCGGUGGUCAAUAUGGCGAGAAAGCCAAAUUACAACUCGAGGUAG